AUGAGACGCCAUAGACUAGUGUAUCUGGUGCAAAGUCUAAUCCUCAUACUGAUUCUGUCUUUUGCUGGAUUUCUGAUAUAUUUGGCUGUUGUUUCAGGCUACAUCUACACGGCGCACAAAAUACAGAAAACUAACGAACAAGUAAAUCUCAUAAGAAACAACUGCCCUGCACAACAGAAAACGAUAAAUGCAGCCCUACAAAAUCUGCAUCGAUACUUGUACAAGGAUCAGCUUGAUCAACAAAAUCAGUUGCACUCGAUAGCACUGAUGCGCGAAUCUCGUCGGAAACGCGAAGAUGCCAAUGCGAGUGCCUGUAAGCAGAAUAUGAAACACUGCAAGGAAGUGAUCGAUUCGAUGUGGAGCAUCGUGAGCAUCGUGAACAGCAGUGUGCCGCAUUUGCAGGCAUUUUUCAAGAACUUUUCUACGGAGACGAGUCCUAUCAAAUCGAAAUUCGUCGAGCUGGUUGAAUGUCUGCAGUGCAAGAACGACACGACUACGUUAAUCGAAGAUUCUGAUCCGAAUAUUCGUACGAGCGACGCAGGAACGAUGCAGGAAUACGCUGAUCAUAGUCAGAUUAAGAACAACGUUGAUAUCGUAACUAAUUUGUUAAACGACGAGAAGCACGACGACGAUAAACAGAAUUUGAAUAGCGAUUUCGUGGAUGCUGGUACAUUGAAAACGACCAAGGUCGAAGAAAAUAUACAGAAAUCGACUACGACAAGUUUUAAGGAUAGUUUCGGAGGUAAUGGAAAAGGGGAUUUGAAUCGAACGACGAAAGAAUUGGAAACGGCUGAGAGAAUCUCAUCCACGACUAGAACGACGGAAUAUAAAGCGACGAGCGCGUCCACGGAAGUGGAUACGAUUAAUGCAACGACCAACAUGUCGACUACGCCGAAGGCGGAAGAAACAACGGUCAGAAUCACCGACCAAACGAUCGGAAACGAUGAUACUAAACGGACCACGGACGUGGUCAAACUAGGCGAUGGCGACGUGAGGAAAAUUGCGAUCAACCCGCUGCAUCCUUCGGUGCAUCCUCCGAACCAAGGUCACGAGCAGAAGGUAGCGGAAGGGGAAGGUGAAAACGCAGGCAAAAAUUUCAGCAAACCGGUCUUCCGCGAUAACUAUGGAAGAAUCGUCAUCAAAGGAACCAAAGAAAUACCUUCGGGAAUGAUCCCCACGGCGGAAACGAUAAAAUCGAGUCAACAGCUAGUACUGACACCAACGAUCUCCUGGGUGUCUCAUCGAGUCUGUUUCUACAAUCCAAACGCGAAUAACAAUCCAACGAAACAAUCGGGUCCAGGUGAAACCAUGUAUCCAGCAUCUUCUCCGGGAGUUUCGUACGCAUAUUCGGUGCAACCCGAACGACAAGGUUUCCAGAAUCUCGAUCAAACGCAAGGUUACGUGCAAGUGCAAACUCCUGCACAAGGAUUACCACCGCAACCCGGCCCUGGUAAUUUUGGAUCAUCCAGCGGUCAAAGAGUCGGUCCAUCGGGCCCUGCGAUUCUGAAUUUUCCACCUAUCCCUGGACAUCAAACGUCUGCCAACGCCCCCGCCAAUUCUAACAGCAAAACACCUUAUUACUGCACGUAUAUUCCUGCACCAACGUUCCAGUUUCCGGCUAUUCCUGGAGUCUCCGAGUAUCAGAGAUCUUCCGUCGCGUAUGACAAGGAAGAGGAGGAGGGUAAUUUUGUUAACGAGAAGGACAACAAGGAAUUUCUACAUAGAUAUCCUGACGAGUGUCCUUCCAAUACGAUUCGAUGCAGUGAUGGCAGGCGAUGUGUAUCGAGAUCGCAGUGGUGCGACAGUGUGGUGGAUUGUUACGACGCUAGCGACGAGAGGACGUGUUCUUGCAGAGAUCGAAUAUCGCUCGAGCGACUUUGCGAUGGGUAUUUCGAUUGUCCGCGUGGGGAAGACGAGUUGGGAUGUUUCGGUUGUCCAAAAAAUUCAUUUAGCUGCAACGAUUGGCAAAACCCAUAUACCACUGAUACUUGUGUACCGCUUUCCCAACGAUGCGACGGAAAACGGCAAUGCGCUAGCGGGAAAGACGAAACGGACUGCAAUAUUCUCACUCCCUCGUACAUCGAAGGAAAAAAUUUAUUCACGAUCGGCUACACCGAAGGAUAUCUCCAUAAGAACUACAAGGGCCAAUGGUACCCCGUGUGCCCACCGAUCGACGCAUGGGCCAAGGAUGCCUGCAUCUCUGAAAUUGGCACGCAAAUCAAGAAAGCUCCCGAAAUAAAAGUGCAUUCCGUGCCAGGCAACGCGUAUCACGGCCCCUAUCUAACACGAGUGAACAACCAAACGAAAUUAAUUCCCUCGUGCAUGAACACAGCGAUUUUCGUACGUUGUCCGCGAUUCUCGUGCGGAACUACCGUGUUUUCCCACGAGGAUUCUCUACGACCGCACAUACUGGAAAAAGAGGACCGAGCUCCUUUACAGAUGUACGAUGCAAUUAUAGAUAACGAAAGUAAGAAGAUAGACAGAAAGCAGGACGAUAUAGUUGGUUCGCAAUUGCGCGUCGUAGGUGGUCGUGCGAGUCAUCCGAAAGCCUGGCCGUUUCUGGUGGCCAUUUACAAGGAUGGCGUUUUUUAUUGUGGCGGUACUAUUCUGAACGAACUUUGGGUGCUUACAGCUGCUCACUGUCUCGAAGGCUACGUAGGCCAAUAUUUCGAGGUCCAAGCGGGGAUACUUCGUCAAAAUUCUUUCUCGCCGAUGUCACAAUCCAGAAAAGCACGGUACACGGUGAUGUAUUCGCAAUACAACGCUAGACAUCUGCAGAACGACAUUGGUAUGAUUAUGUUGGACGAUCCUCUGCGUUUCAAUCGAUGGGUGCGACCAGUUUGUCUUCCUGGCCCGAAUCUCCUAGGACCCAUGUGGAGAAACAAACCAGAACCUAAUACAACUUGUAUAGCGAUUGGUUGGGGUACUAUUGCAGAAUAUGGAUUAAAUCCCGAUCAUCUGAGGGAAGUAGAAGUUCCGAUAUUAGCAAGUUGUAAGUACGAAGAAGACCAGAACGACGCUUCCAUUUGUGCUGGAUAUCUUCACGGAGGUCGUGAUGCUUGUCAAGGAGACAGCGGUGGUCCUUUAUUAUGCAGAAAUCCGUACUCGACAUCGCAGUGGUACGUGGCAGGCGUAGUUAGUCACGGGCAAGGCUGCGCUCGACCGAAUGAACCGGGAACCUAUGCGAGAGUCAGCUAUUUCCUAAGUUGGAUUAAAGAAAUUUCCAAUGGUCGAGGUGUGCCUCCUCUAAGGCGCACUCCUUUGGAAAGAUGUCCAGGAUUCAGUUGCGACGGAGGCAAAUGUUUACCGAUCGAAGCGCGUUGCAAUCGAAUAGUCGAUUGUUUGAACGGCGAAGACGAAGUCAAUUGUAGCCAUUCUUUUCUUUACAUGCAGAUGGAGAACACCACUCACGAUUUCGAGCCUAUACUAUCAACGCCAAGUAUAGAUAAUUUUAUGAUGUCUAGCGAGAUCGUCACCACUGAGUUCACAAUAUCUUACGAUACAAUAAACAAUGCGACCGAGGAAUCCGUGUUUACGCAGCAGGAAAACGAUGACUCGGAAUCCAAGGGUGACGAUAUCUCGACUUUGACAACUUCUACUAUUGUUUACACUGAACCUGUUUUGCCAUUAACACCGAAAACAUUUCCUACGGUAUUCACUUGUACAAGAUUGCUUCAAACUAUUCCAAUUGAGAAAAGAUGUGACAGAGUGGUGGAUUGCGAAGACAGUAGCGACGAAAUGAAUUGCACUUGUAAGAACUAUUUGCAGAAUCUAAAAAGAAGUGCUAUAUGCGACGGUUACGUAGAUUGCGAUGAUUUAACGGACGAACAGGACUGCGAAAUUUGUGCUGAGAAUGAAUUUUUGUGCAAGACGAGUAAAACCUGCGUCUCGAUGGCGAAAAAGUGCGAUGGAAACUUCGAUUGCAUGUUUAAGGAGGAUGAGCUCGACUGCUUCACGUUGACCGAUGGUCAACGUAUAUAUCUCGAUGGUGAUAGAAGACCAUUUUUAAACGUACAAGGAAUUCUGACUAGAUACAUCGAGGGAAAAUGGCAACCAACUUGCCAUCGUCCCAGAAUGCACAAAAACCAAUCUACUGCCUCGAUCAUUGGACAAAAUAUGUGCGAAUACUUUGGUCUUGCAAACGUUCGGUCGUCCAAGUCCAUCGUCGUGAAAAAUUCGCAACUGGAAAGGAUAGAGUGGCGCAAAGGGGACUCCACGUACCAAAAGAACUCAUCAGCGGCCUCUCUGAACGAAAAGGACGAAACAUGUUUGGGACUUUACAUUCACUGUGCAGCGAUACCAAGCGGCAGUAUGUACGCUCACUUGGCGAUCGACGAUAGAACCGGAAACCGCGACUACCUGUGGCCCUGGUUGGCUGCCAUCUUUGUCGACGGACGCUACCGUUGCAUGGCGCUGCUCUUGGACUCGAACUGGUUACUGUCCGCCGCGAAAUGUCUCGAGAACGUCAGGUUGAAUACAAGUUAUGUAGCAGCCGUACUCGGUUAUGGUCGAUUAUUCCGUCAGAUAAACGGUCCUCAUCAACAGGUAUCGACCAUCGAUGAGGUGCAUUAUGUGAAUAACUCGGUGUCGAUUUUAUUGCACUUGAAAGAUCGAGCCCACUUCGGUCGUCACGUGCAACCAUUGUUCGUCAACAAAACGAUUUAUCUACCAGGAGCGAUGGACACUUGCAUAGCUGUUGGAACGAACGAAGCUUACGAGAUAAAGUCUGUUUUCUUGAAAAUUAUUUCUGAGAAUUGCCCAAGUUGUCAACGAUGCUUCGUGAAUAUCUCUAAUUCCGAAUGUUCGGUAAAUCCUAUUUUGUGGAGUGGCAUAAUAUUCUGUCGUGGCAGAAAGGGAUGGUAUCCUGCCUCCGUUUUCCAAGAUAACAGAGGAAUUUGUAAUUUCAAAAAUGCGCAAAAUAUGACGAGUAUCGAACACGUAAAUCCCUAUCUGAUGGAAGUAAUCGAUAAUCCAAGACAGUCGGUGGAACCAAUUUGUACGGGUUUUCGAUGCAACAUUGGACAGUGUAUUCCGCAAAACCGGGUUUGCGAUGGUAUUCCGGAUUGUCGUGGAGAAGAAGACGAGGACGCGAGAUAUUGCAAAGAAUUUCAAGAAAAUUGUGAAAAUAGCGUGGACAGCUGCAACUGCAUGAAGACACAGCUUCGCUGUAGAAAUGGCAAAUGCGUCGACAAAAGUGCGUUUUGCGAUGGAAAAAUCGAUUGUUACGAUGGAUCCGAUGAACCUACGAUAUGUACCUGCGUGGAAUAUCUGAAAUUAACAUCGCCAGAGCGAUUGUGUGACGGCGUACGACACUGUCUGGAUAAAACUGACGAAUCACCGGAAAUGUGUUCUUGCAAAGAUUUCAGCUUCAAAUGCAAAACAACAAGCGAAAACGACACCUGCAUAGCACAAGAUUUUAUUUGCGAUGGGGUGAAAGAUUGUCCUAACGGUGACGACGAAGCAACGUGUAGAAUGUUGAAGCUACAUUCAAACGACAGUAAAUUUUCAAUUUUCCAUUUUAACGAUAGCUCUGGAGAAGUGAUUCGUCGAAGUUACGGCGUGUGGUACACGGAAUGUUUCCCAAGUCCUACCAUGGACGAAGAAGACUUGACGAGUUUGUGCAAAUCGAUGGGAUAUUCUUCGGGAAUCGUCAACAACGAUACCGUGGUCACAGACGAGAUUAUGGUUCCCAAAAGAGACGAAUUUUACGCAGUGAAGAUGAACGAGAUGUCGUGGAUGUUUUUAAGAAACGAUAAGCCACUGAUAACUUUGGAAAAAUCCAACGAAACCUGUUACCGUACGUUUGUCACCUGUUCCUAAAGUUUGCCAAACUUUAACGUACUACCUGAUUCUUUUUAUAAAUCAAACGUUAUCUUCACAUAUCAAAAUAAUUUAGGUAAUGUUGUAAAACUUCGUAUUUAUUUCGUAAUUUAUUUAAAAGUGUCAUUGUAUUUAUUGUAAAAUAGAAAUGAAAAAGAUAAUGUUAUAAAAUUUUGCUAUUUUAAAUAAAAGUAAAUGUAAAUGAGUCUUUUAAAUAUUACGUUAUAAUUAGAGCACUAAAGUGUAUAAAAGCGAAGACGUUGAAUAAUGGAUAGCGUAGAUAAGAUAGAACUCUGUAUCAUUUAUUUGUGAGAAUUAAAAAAUUUAUUUGUGGAUAAAACUUGAAAAGAUAAUUGAAAAGAAAAUUGGGGACGAAGGUUCGUUAGAUUUCCCUGUUUCUGAGUUUAUGUUAAUUUCUUGGAUUUUAAGUUAUCGAUC